AGUGCGCAUGUCAAGUUGAAAAUUGCAAAUGGCGGCCGUUGUUAUUGUUCGUACCGAAUUAACUAUUUGUAAAUUAUAUACCAAUCUUUUUAGCGAUUUUUCUAAUGGACUGUUAUACUGAUGCGAUGCUUUAACUUCUCAUAAUUCGGCGCGACACGUUUUAUGUACGUUUUUAAGUGUUUUUAGUGUUUUUUUGCUAUUUUAUGUGUGUCAUGCAAAUGGGGUAAGCUGGAAUUAUCGGAUGUCGCUUAGGUUGUUUUGGAUAGUUUCAAUAAGAAAAUGGAGUGAAGUUCUGUGACCUAAAGUGUUAAAAUGGAAACUGCAUAAAGUUUUUCAACUAUCACUCCAAUAUUAGAGUGUAGCAAGAGACGGGAACGGCUGUAAUUUACAAAUGUUCCAUGCUGUGACUGUUCUCCCCGUACAUUUCAAAAUGGCUGCUGCUCUUCACGAUAUAUGAGCUUUGCGUCACUGGAAUAUAAUUCAGUAAAUUCGACCCGUGGUGAUAUUGUAGUGAUUCUAGUCGUGUGAUCGUCUGUGAAAAAGCAAAAAUAAGUCCCGGACAGUUUCCCGGGAGCACCUGAACCCGGACAGUAGUGGUGUGUCAUAUGUUUUUGGUGUAGAGUGGACACUGACCAUAGGAACGAUAUUGCUUUGCGUCCGAGCCGGACGGUAAUGUUGCGCUUGAUUUUCCAUCAUGAUUUGGGACACAAGGGAAUAGAAAUUGUGUGGAAUUGAGCGGAAUGUGACAUUGUAUGAGAGCAUGGCAGCGGACAGCGAUGGGCUAGGCUCGGCGGGCGGCGGGUCGUGCGGCGUGGUGGUGACUUGCGAGGGCGACCUGCGCGACCCGCGGUUCCCCGCGCGCCUGCGCCGGUUGUUGCGCGAACUACGGGCGCUGCUCGCCGAGCCGCAUCCGCACACACUCAAAGUUAACAAGGUGGAGCCUUGGAACUCGGUGCGCGUAACGUUGUCGGUGCCGCGCGCGGCGGCGGCCCGGCUGCGCGCGCUGGCGGCGGCGGGCGCGCCCCAGCUUCGCGCGCUCGGCAUCCUCUCUGUGCAGCUCGACGGGGAUGCCGCCGUGUCCUUGCGGCUGCAGCAUGGCGCGGAGCUCAGGAUCAACACCGACCCUGACGAUGCAAGUACGUCAAGAUCGCAACCAAACGCUGAGCUAUUAGCUGGUUUGGGCGGUAUCGGGCGCAUACUGAGCGAGUCGGAUGGCGCGAGCAGUAGUACAGCGGAGACGCCGGCCGCCGCGGCGCCGCCCGACAGCUUCAAGUCCCCCAACACCGUGUGCCCCAUGGACGGCAAGAUACCACACAACAUUCCCACGCCGACCACCGACCGCUGCGAGUUUCCUUUCGGCAGUAUGACGCAAGCGAGGGUCAUACACCGCAAGGAGAAUACCCUCGGGCUCGCAGGUCCUCCAAGCAGUAUAAGGCCGCAAGCAGACGGUCCAUUUGCGCGGCCGUCUACGUCAGCGUUCCCCGGUCCCCCGCCGCCGUACCCCGCGGCCUCCCCUCAGCCCCCUACAACGCCGGCUACACCCGGACCACCCCCUACCCCUCCCACGGUCGCCAUGUCCUCCCCACUACUUGUCAACUUACUGCAAAAUGAUGCACCCGCCCCCUCUCCCCGGCCGAAACCGCCGCAGCAUCCAGCUAAGCUAGAUCGACUUGAAGAUGGACAGGUUGAAUUAGCAGUAGGUCGACCACCGUUCGCGGAGUACCGCACGCCACGUACGCCGGCGCCCAUGGCGGGGUCCGUGCGCUCCCCGCUGGCGGGCCCCUGCACCCCGCCCGCGUCCCCCGCGCCGCGCCCCAGCCCGCGCCCGCCCACAUUCGUGCGGCGGGCGGCGCCACAAGCCUACCGCGUGCAGAUGGCGGCCACGGGAGCUGGAGCUGUGGCUGGGGUCUCGGCUGGAAGGCUGCCUGGCCCGGGCUACGCGGUGUCGUUCCCCGCGCCGCCUCCUCCGCCCCCAUACCGGCAGGGAGGGGCACGGCCCCGGCCGCCCCCUGCGCCGGCCGCGCCCCCCGCCCCUCUGGCGCAACACUCCAGAGUCACGCCUGAAGACUUGCAGGCGCUACUCCCGCCCCCCACUGCCUCCAUGGAUCAGAAGACGCAGUCUAGUUUCCAGGAGUUCCAGAGGUAUCAGCAGCAAUAUAUAGCGCGGCAACGCGCAGCGUCCCGGGCGACAUCGCAGCCCGACUGGAACGAGCCGUACCGGGACUCACUGGCACUGCUAGAGCUCCCUGACAGUGACUUGGAGCACCUCAUCGGGCCGACGCUGGGCGACGACCUCAACCUAGAUGAGAGCGCCUUUUCGGCCAUCUCCGAGCUCGACGCCAGCGCCAAGCUCGACAUGUUGUUGUCCGGGAACAACGCGCACAACAACACGCCUGACUCCGUGCUCCAGGACAUCACGGGCGACCAGUACCCCGGCUCCUACACGGAGCCGCAACGCCACGACGUGCCUUCUAAGUCGGAAUCGUUCGACGGACCCGACACCUUUAUGCCGCCACCUCCCGUGCCGCACCAUUCUAACAAGUUUAGAAGACAAGAAUCUGAAAACGAACAUCAGUCGACGACUAAUAAUACACAGUCGCCGGUGCAGCAUGCGCAGUCCUCAGUGCAACACGCGCAGCCCGCGGUACAGCACGCGCAGCCCCCGCCUGCGCAGGCCUUGCCCAUGGGCCCGCACGCGCAGACCUCCAUACAUCCGCCCAAUGCGAUACACACGCAGACGGCGGUGCAGCAUACGGCCAACGCAGUCCAUCACAACAUGGCGAACGCGGUGCCGCAGUCCCCGCACGGGGCGCAGUCUCCGCACGGCGCGCAGUCCCCGCACGGCGCGCCCCCGAUGGCGCAGAGCCCGCUGGGCGCGCUGGGGCUGCACGGCGCGCACGCUUACAACUCCACGCAGCACGUGCAGACACCGCCCCACCUGCAGAACGCGUCGCCCACUUUCAAGUCACCCCCUUCCAGUGCCAGUCAAGCUAUGCCUCCCCCUCUCAAGCUACCCAUCCGGGCGACCACGUCGGUAGCCACCGCCACGGUGGGCUCGCAAGCCUCGGCGCAGGAGAUCGAGGAGCAGAGCAAACAGUACCUUAUCAAAACUCUUAUGAGGGACGAUGAUGUACCGCCGCCGAAAGAACAGGAAAAGAAAGUUGAAGAGGUGACGGUCGCCAACUGUGAAGUUAAAGAAGCAGUAGAGGCUGCACCCGAAAUGUUCGGCAUCGCGAAGUCUUCGACUACCGACGAUGACCCGCGGAGACCCGACGAUGACCUAAGAAUGAGAAAUAAGCUGGUCAAGAAAGAUCGAGAUGAUAAACUCGCACAGAAAGGCGGAAAGCCCAGAACUGUAGGGGCUAAAGAGAAACCCGCCACGCUCAAAGACAAGAUCGUCAGAGACAACAAGUCCACCAAAGCUGCCUUAUCACGCCCUUCGCCCUUAAAGCUCCCUGCACCCGCAAUCGACGCCCCCAAGUCCCCACAGACUGAAAAAGAAUCCAUCAAGCUCAGGCUAAAACUCGACAAGAAUGAACCAGUGGUCCAAACAGUGUACAAAGCAGACAUCAGCUUUGUCAAUCAACAAAAAGGCGAAAAGCCAACCGACGGGGAACUUAGGGUCCCGCCACUCCAUAUAAGCCUUCGAGGUCGGAACUCAGCCGUUAUAAAAAACUCGAAGAAAGAAAAGAAAAAGUUUGGCCCUGGUGACUUGCACACAAAGAAGAUUAAAAUCAGGAAAUCUUCUGAAUCCGAUGACAAGUCACAUCGGAGAGACUCCGAAGAGUCUAUAGCCACAAAAUCUAGUGAAAGCACUGAGAACAAGACUGAUGAAGAGUAUUUAAAUGUGAAAAGCAUGAAGCUCAACAAUCACUACGAGGGCGACGCCGUGAAGACAGAGAUUCCGGGCGACAACAAUGUUGUGUAUAGAAUGAAGACUAUCUCUAAAAACGCUCACAUCGUGACCAAGUCACACGACUACAACAAACUAAACAACAAGGUGCAGAGCUUAGACCUGAAAAUGAAGAAGAAACUAAAAAUACUCAACGAGAGUGGGAAAUCUUCAGACAAGGAGCGAGACAAAGAAUGGAGGAACGACACGCUAGACAAGGAAGGGAAGUACGCGCAAAACGAGGGCUACAGAGAGCCAAACAACCACGACGCGAAGAAGAAGUUACCUACACCUAAAACAGAAGUGAAAUGUGAUAGUGUCAAGUCAGAGGGGAAAACAGUGCAAUCAGAUGUUGAUAGUGAAAGUAAAACCGGUGCUAGUGAGUUGGACAGUAGUAGGUUGAUGAAGUGUCAUAAGGACCUCGAGUGGACGCUUAGUGGCGACGUGUCCGACUCCCAACACUUCGUGGAGUCGCGGCGCGUUGCCGAAGAUGACAAUAAGUUGAAACGGACAAUCGCCGAAAGUGCUAUUACCUCACCCAAUGGUCUGCUCACCUCUGAUAAGAAGAGGAAGGUCAGCCACAGUUCCUGUACAGAACCUCCGGGCUCGACAAACGUCGGCACGAUACCCACGAGUCGCGCCGAGUCUCCUCCCACGUCACCGCGCCGGAAAGACCGGCCCAAAGACAAGUCCUACUGCAAGCUAGUGGCCGAGCGCGCCGCGCGACCUGACGCCGACAAGUUCGGCAGCCGUUCCCCCGCCAGCCAGGCGCAGGGUGAGGACUCCGGCAUCGAGUCCAUGGACGCGCUCUCCGAGAAGUCACCCAACCAGGCCAGCCAAUCCCCGCCCGGGCCCCAGCGCAAGGAGCGCCUCGACAUGCCGCGCUCCACCAGCCCCGCCUCCGUGCAGCGUAUCAUCGGAGUCAUCGAGCCCGCGCCCGCCUCUGACGAGCUACUGGAGCGUCUGUCGCUAGCCGCGGGGCCGCCGCGGUAUGAGCCGGGCCCGCCUGAUAUUGACGACCUCGGCGAUAUUGAGGCAGAGCUCGCCAAGAUGCACGCCGACCAUGUAAACGGGGACGAUGCUCCGCGCCGACCCCCGCCCGCUCCUGUACACGGCACUCCCGGCCCCGCGCGGGCCCCCACCCCUAUACUGCGGGAUGAGCCGCCCGCCUUGCGGGAAGAUCCGGCGCCAUCCCGCGACCAACCCGCUGCCACAACGCCAACUGAUACUUCGCGGCCCGACAGCGCAGAUACCUCGCCUCUGCGGGAUAAAGUUAAACUCGAAGAUUUCGAUCCCCCACCCAGCAGGGUAUCGCCGCCCCUCUAUACCUAUUCUAAUCAAGAGAAACUCGGGCCUGUCGAUGACAUCAAAGAGGAACGACCUGAGCGAACGGAGAACGGCGACGCGACCACGGAGCGAAGCGAGACUGACGAAAAGCACGAACCCAAGUUAGAAAGACUACCGCUGAAGGCGGACUUCCCGGAUAAGAGUCUCCUAGAACAGCUGUUGAUCGAAAUCCCGACGCCGGAGUACGCGGGCAAGAGGCCGGAGUCUCCCUCCCCCUCCGCGCUGGAGCGGGUCGCGCGCAGCAGCGUGCGCACGCGGUCCAGCAGCAAGCUGAGUAGCCCCGCCGAGCGGCCGCGCACGCCGCGCCACUCCCCCGCACUCGCCAAGCUGGAGCGCGCGCCCUCGCCGCGCCCCGCGCCCCCGCCUCGCGCCGCGCCGCCCGCCAAGCGUCGUCGCCGCGAGUCCGAGAGCUCGGGUGCUUCCACGCUCAGCGCAGAUGACGACGCUCGCCCGAAGAAGAAGCCGCGCAAGGACGCGCCGCGCGCCCCGGCGCCGCCCGCGCCCGCGCAGCCCGCCAAGCGCAAGGAUUCCGACAGCGACAGUGACGAGCCGCUCAUCUGCAAGGUGCGGGGCAAGGUCACCAAAUUGCGCGGUCCGCGGGCGCCAACCAAGGCCCCCGAGGCCGUCGGCACGCGCCGUUCCGUGCGGCACGGGCCUACGCCCCCGGGUCCUCCCGGUCCGGCGCCCGCUCCCGGGCCACCCGGCCCUCCCGGGGCUACACCCGUACGACGCAAAACUCGCAGUGCUGUGGGCGAGGGAGCGGGCGCGGCGGCGGCCGUGCGGCGGCGGCGCAGCUCCAAGGACAAGUGACGGCGGCGCCGCGCGGAGUCUCGCGAGCCUCGCGAGCCCCGCGACACCGGCGAGCCCCGCGAAUCCGGCGAGCAUCGCGAGCCCCGCGAGCCCUACGAGUGCGGGGCGGGCGAGGCGUGAGCCCCGCGCCGCUAGGUAACGCUGUCUCCUCCCUCCGCACGACACUGCGCACCGAACCUCAUACACUAGUACAAGUUGCGUCAGUCCCUACGACUACAUGAACACAGAGCAUUGGUCAGAAGCUAUGUAACGGGUCGCGCCCGCCUUCAUUCAUUCAGUCUUAUGUUAUACCAGUAUGGGUCACGAUCAUAGUUAUGUAUUUAAAAUUAACUAAAUUGUAAAAUACGUUGAGAGUUAAAUUAAUCCGAAAUUAUUUGCACUAAUCCGCGAUUGGUAAUUGUUCAUUUAAAUGAAUCUCAAUUAAUUAAAUCAAUUGUGAAUUAACAGCAGAGUGUAAGGAGUAGUAAGAUUGCAAUACUAACGUUUGAGGAACACUGUGUUGAUGAUUUAACAUGAAAUGUUUGUUGGUGUGUAUUUAUGAAGUCGGAUGUGUCGGCUGCACUUUGUUAGUGCUUGAGUACAAGCGGCAACCACGAAACUUGACGACAACGGCCAUCAAAUAUUAAUGCAAUGCUCUUAAAUAUGAAUUAUUAAUUUUAUACCAAUAAUUAUAAAAUAUAUCGAAACUGGAUAAAUCUGGUUAAUUUUAUUUAUUUAUUCAAAUUCUAUUGUACACUCGAAUACAAUUAAUGAGAAUGUGUCUAAAACUACAUGUCACGCGUGUGACUGUGGUCGUCGCUUGUACAAAGAUGUUCUAUUCCAAUUGGUCGGGGAUAGAAAUGGAUUUAGCUAAAUUGAUUUUAGAAUAGUCGAAUUUAUUCUCACAUGUACAUUAAUGUUUCUACGCUAAAACAUAAUAUAAAACCGUAGCAAGUAAAUAAAUGGGUGCGAUAAGUAAAUAAUAAUAUCAAUUUAUUGGCGUGCUUAACUAUAUAAUCUAUAAAGUCCACAAGUUACACAACGACAAAAUCUAUUCUAAAAUUAAUUCUUCCUAAAUCCGUCCUGCAAUCCUAAUCUAUUGAUAUUUAUCGAUUGCGAAACGUUGAAUCGAUUACGCCGGACCCAAUCAAAUACCGAGAGUCACACUGUCGGUAUAAUUUAUUUUUAGUGAACAAAUGUUACCAUUCACUAUAAAACACUCGACUUUUUGUUCUUUUAAGUGUAAGUUAAUUUCUAUCAAGUAAUUUUAAGCGUAUUCGUCUUUAAGUGUGAAAGCUAACGUGCCAGUUUUAACACUGCAAUUAGCCGAUUGUAUCAAUUAAAACAAAGUUGUAGUUAUACAGAAUUUAGUAACCAUAGGUACAUAAUAGUGAUGUUGACGAAUCGACUAAUGACAAUGGUAAAACGGGCGUGCGCGGGGAACUUGAAACGUUGCCACCAUGCAAGACUCCGUGGAGUUUGCGCCGUGGAGAGCCUUAGUUUACUAGUGAAUAGAUGUGUAUCAUUAUUGUACAAAAUGCACUCGACAUAUAGGCACAUUGUUAUAAUAGUAUAAAUACCCGAGAGAUAUAAAGAGAAUGAAAUAAAUGCAUAAAGUUAAAUAUUUUCAUACGUUUUUGCACGUAACUUCGUGACGUGAACGCAACGUUGUAGUUUUAUUAUGUUUUGGCGGGAGGACGGCGUGUUUUAUUUGUAAUAUAAAAUGAGAAUUCGACCAAGUGACAUCGGUGUUCAGCGUAUAUUUCGAGUAGCUGAAUGUAUCGAUGGUAGGUUCAAUUUGAUGCGACGCCGUGCUCCCGCGCAAGACGCUGGCCGCUAUUACGAUGUAACGUUAGCGUUUUUAUAUUUAAGAGAAUUCACGACCAAUAAUUGUAAUUAAAUGUGGAACUUGAUAAUUUCUUAGUGAAUGAGAUAAUAAUCGCGACUGAAUGUUUUAACAGUUUGUCUGUUCGGGCUUCCAGUAUAACUAAAAUUUUAUUUUGACGCCCCAUUUAUUUCGUUUUCCCUCCAUUUGUCGACCUGUAUUCCCACCAUUAUAAUUCAAAUAAUUUUAAUCCCAAAUUGUACACCAAAUCCAUAGAUAAUGAACCAGUGACUUAGCUUCUACUACGCACUAAGCAUAGUUGGUUAUCGAAUGAAUUUAGUUAUCUAAUAUAGACGCUAGUGUUUUUUUAUCACGGUUUUUGGACACUUGAGUAUAGGAGUGUGGUGUUUUGGAUUCGCUCGCCUUAAUGUUCAUCAUUUAUACUAAAUAAUAAUAAUUGGUUGUAACUAAAUUGAACCUUGCAAUAUACAAUUUGAGGACAAAAUCAUAAUUAUGUAAUAAAUUAGUGACAAAACUUAAUUAAAUGGUGGACUAGAGGACACGGGGUGUCCUACAGACCUAUUGUUAUUGAAUCCUCUAAUAUCGGUCGGUAAGGAGUGCAAGAUGGACACCACCUGUAGGCAUCUAUGGUUCGCGUAGACUUGUUUCGUUCCUGUGUAUAGGGAUACAACCCAAGAGCAAUAAUAUUUGGAUGUGACAUUUUAUUUAAAGCACAGUUUUAGACAGCUUUUACACUGUUAGCUUAGAUCGCCGUACAUUACAGUAUUUGUAUAAUUUGUCCCGAAGUCAUUGUUUGUUCCCCUCUCCCUCUUCGAAGAUGUUCAAUGUUAGUCGGACAGUGAUAGUGCUACAAUACAUAACGUGUAUAGUACGUACGUAGUAUAUAAUGAGAAAAUAUUUUAAUAAUUAGUAAUGAAUUUAUUGCCUGAAUAAAUUGUGCCCUAUGACUGUGUGCCGUGGUAAUGUCUGUUAAACGUUAAACAAAUAUUAGUGUAUAGAGAGCGAGACGCGGCUAGUCUGAGCGUCGGCGGGAGUGUUUUGUAAACAAACCUUUGUUUUUCUUAAAUUAUUCAUUACUAAAUCGGUCCGGCCGAUGUACAAUCUCUUGUAAAUUUUUAUGUAUAGAUGGGGAUAUUAAUAUAUGUUACGUUUUAAGUACUUGUUUUCUUUUAAAAUCAUAUUUAGUUUGGGGAGUGGCGUUUGUAAAUAGACGUACGUGGAGACUAGCGAAUCGCUCCUGAGACGGAGCGACUCCUGUAGACAUGCAAAAAGCCUUAUACUGUAAUAUAAAAGUAUGACUUGCAAGCUUGUACCAUAUAAUUAUAGUGAAUGAACUCUCAACUAGCUGUGUAUAUUGGGUGUAUAGUUAUCAUUUUAGUUUAUUUUGUUUUGUUUUUAUUUUCGACUAAUGAUAGUAAUUUAUGCCGAUAAAUAAAUAUCUAUAUUGUACGUUUAUAUAUCUACAAUGAAGAAAGAGAAAUACAAAUAGUUUUAAUAACACUUAUAAAUAUAGUUUAGGGGUUACACCACACGAGAGUAGGUUAUAGUUUUGUUUACAUUCUAUGGAACUUGUAAAUACAUGCAGAAAUAGUAAAAUGAAAGAAUUGAUACAAUAAAGUUAACUUUAUGUUAUUUGUAAUAUUUUUUCUAGUUCGUGUUGGGCGGCAAGCGCCGCGGGGAAUCAAUUUAGGACAAUGAUAAACGAUGCCUGUAAUUAUUUUUCGUUGCUGGCAAUUUUAUGAAGUUCAGUUUUAUAUUGUGCAUUAUUUUCUCUGUAAGUUGCUUUCACUGUCGUUUCUAGAUUAUUUUUAAAAAUCAUAUAAUUAUUAUAUUGAUAAAAAGUACGAUGAGUCAAGCUGAUUUAUCAACAUAUUAUAACGAUUGAAGAAAUUUUAUUGAUAAAAGUACGAUUGAGUCAUGCUGAUUUAUCAUAUUAUUACGAAUGGAGAAAUAAGGAAUAUUAUUGUUCUGCUAUUAUUAAAUUUGUAAAGUUAGUUUAUUAAUAAAUGAAUAAAAAAUAUUUUGUGGUUUUAAUUUGACUAUCUUUUUAUUUUCC